UUGUGAGCUCAAUCUAUAAAAGAUGCAUUGCUGACCAAACGGUGGGUGUAGUUACGAGUUGCAGUUGAAAUCAACAACCAUUAUGAAGCACAUUGCAGUCGCGCUGUUGUUUGUCGGCCUUUCGCUAGCCGGAACGCAGGCCGAUGAAGUAUCGGAAGCUAAGGAGAUGCUGCGUGGAUUGGCUGCAGAGUGCAAACAGCAGGAAGGUGCCAGUGAUGAUGAUGUGGAAAAUUUCGUGAACGAUAAGAUGCCGGAUACUCGAACGCAGAAGUGUCUGGCCGGUUGCAUGCAGGAGCAGUUCGGUGUGUCCAAUGGGAAGGCAUUCCAACCGGACGGUUUCAUCGAGCUCUCCAAGAUGCUCAUGAAGGGUGAUGAGGCAAAGAUGGCGCUCGCGAAAGAGAUCGCCGCCGAUUGUAAGGAUGUGGUGCACGAGGACCGCUGCGAGCUAGCCGUGUUGGUUAUGAACUGUCUAAAGGAUUCGGCUGAGAAGCAUGGAAUUGAGCUGAAGCAUUAGGAGGCAUUUGGAAGUGAGCUACAACCAAGUAUGAUAUCAGCCAAAAUCACGCACACACUACACUCGAACAGUGCGCCGUUGUUACAUUCAGUUCCUAAAUAAAGAAACCCAAGAGCCAAGA